AUGAUUCGUUUCUCAAAGACUGCUCUACGUUCUCUGUCAGCUGUGUCGAAGACGCUUGUUCGCACUGAAAUUGCGGGCGCUACGCACACCCUUGAGGUUCGCAAGCAGAUAAAUGACAGGAGAUCGCAAAUCCUCCUUGGUGGCGGUUUAAAGCGAAUUGAUGCCCAACACAAACGAGGAAAACUCACCGCCAGAGAAAGAAUUUCCCUGCUUCUCGACGAAGGCAGUUUCCAGGAAUAUGACGCAUUUAUGGAGCACGACUGCGUCGAGUUUGGCAUGCAGAAGAACAAAACUCCAUGUGAUAGCGUCGUUACUGGACACGGAACAAUAAACGGUCGACAAGUUUUCUUAUUCAGCCAGGACUUCACAGUUUACGGCGGUAGCUUGAGCAUGGUGCACGCCAGAAAAAUUUGCAAAGUUAUGGACCAGGCCAUGCUUGUUGGUGCCCCAGUUAUUGGUCUGAAUGACUCCGGUGGUGCUCGUAUCCAGGAGGGUGUAGCGUCUCUUGCCGGCUAUGCCGAAAUCUUCCAACGGAACGUAAAUGCUUCGGGUGUUAUCCCUCAGAUCUCCAUGAUCCUCGGCCCAUGCGCUGGUGGCGCUGUCUACUCACCGGCCCUCACUGAUUGGAUAUUCAUGGUUCAAGAUACCUCUUAUCUUUUCAUCACUGGUCCUGAUGUCGUUAAGUCGGUAACGAACGAAGAUGUCACCCAGGAGGAGCUAGGCGGCGCAAAGACGCACACUACCGUAUCUGGCGUUGCCCAUAAUUCCUAUGAUAACGAUGUGGAAGCCCUCCUGAGUCUUAGAGAGUUCAUGAGUUACCUACCCUCAUCCAAUAAGCACCCUGCCCCCAUCCGCGCAUGCAAUGAUUCCGUUACUCGAAUGGUGCCAUCCUUGGACACCGCCGUGCCUCUAGAACCUACGAGUGCCUACAACAUCAAGGAUGUUGUGCAUGAAAUUGUAGAUGAGCGCGAGUUCUUCGAAAUUAUGCCAAAUUACGCCAAGAACAUUGUUGUUGGUUUUGCACGAAUGGGCGGCGAAACCGUCGGAAUUGUUGCAAACCAGCCCCGGGUCGCUGCUGGGUGCUUGGAUAUAAACGCCUCCGUAAAGGGUGCGAGGUUUGUGCGUUUCUGCGACGCCUUCAACAUCCCUCUCCUCACGUUUGUCGAUGUGCCCGGUUUCCUGCCAGGCACAGCGCAAGAGUACGGCGGCAUCAUUCGUCAUGGUGCUAAACUCAUCUACGCUUACUCUGAAGCUACUGUUCCCAAACUGACCGUUAUUACUAGAAAAGCCUAUGGUGGUGCCUAUUGUGUCAUGAGCUCCAAACACCUUCGUGGUGACAUAAAUUACGCUUGGCCAACCGCUGAAAUCGCUGUCAUGGGAGCCAAGGGAGCCGUGCAGAUCAUCUUCCGUGGCAAGGACGACAAGGGUGCUGCCGAAGAUAACUACAUCCGCGCUUUCGCCAAUCCCUUCCCAGCGGCUGUAAGAGGCUUUGUGGACAACAUAAUUGACCCACAGACCACUCGCGCACGACUAUGCAGUGACCUGAAGAUGCUGAGGACCAAGAGACUGGACAACCCAUGGAAGAAGCACGCCAACAUGCCGCUGUAG